AUUAACGACACCCGAGUCUCGCGCCUCUCAGCUCCCCUCCCCCGUCGACCGACAGAGACGCGUUAUCCUCAAAGCCAUUUAAUAAGCUACAUUUUGUUGUUUGUUAUCGGGGCAAUUAUCAGAUCUGGAAUGCGACUGUUAAAUCAGAACCGUGAUUUUUCGCGUUUACAAUAACCAUCGUCGUCGUCAUGUUUGCUCUGCAUCCGCUGCUGCGGGUCUCUGUGCUGCUGGAUGCGACGCUGUGGCUCGCAGUCUCUGCCAGUCCUACCGACGAUAAUGUGCUGCGGGCCGGACACGGAGAGCACGGAGAACCGGGGCACGAGGAGCCACAUAAGGACUCCUAUAGCACAUUCGCCUCCGAGUUCCUGGAGUCCAGAUACCUGUCAGACGAAGGUUACCCUUUCCCAACUGCACCCCCUGUGGACCCAUUUGCCCGCAUCAAAGUCAGCGACUGUGGAGUAACCAAAGGAUGCAUCAGAUAUGGCAAACCAGGCUGUGACGCAGAGUCCUGUGACUAUUUCCUGAGUUUCAGACGCAUUGGCACAGAUGUGGAAUUCGAGAUGAGUGCAGACACUGAUGGAUGGGUUGCCGUUGGUUUCUCUUCAGAUAAAAAGAUGGGAGGUGAUGAUGUCAUGGGCUGUGUUCAUGAUGAUAACGGACGUGUACGGAUCCAUCAUUUCUAUAAUGUGGGCCAGUGGGCCAAAGAAAUCAAGCGCAACCCAGCACGGGAUGAAGAGGGCAUCUUUGAAAACAACCGCGUCACCUGCCGCUUCAAACGGCCUCUUCAUGUGGCACGCGAGGAAACACUGGUGGACCUGCACCUGAGCUGGUACUAUCUGUUCGCUUGGGGACCUGCUAUACAAGGCUCCAUCACAAGGCAUGACAUUGACUCCCCGCCGGUGUCAGACCGCAUGAUCAGCAUCUAUAAAUAUGAGGACAUUUUCAUGCCUGCCACUGCCUAUCAGACAUUCUCUUCUCCCUUUUGCCUUCUCCUCAUCGUUGCUCUUACCUUCUACCUGUUGAUGGGCACGCCAUAACCAGCAAAGAGAGACAACUCGCCCUGGAGCCACUA